AUGAAGUGCUUUGAAAGACUGAUCAAGGACUUCAUCUGCGCUUCACUGCCCAGCUCACUUGACCCUCUUCAGUUCGCCUAUCGCCUUAAUAGGAGCACUGAUGAUGCCAUCACCCACGUCCUCCACUCCACCCUCUACCACCUGGACAGCGGAAAGGGGAACUAUGUGCGGCUGCUGUUCAUUGACUACAGCUCCACAUUCAACACCAUAGUUCCCCACAGACUGGUGUCAAAGCUCAAGGACCUGGGGCUGAACUCACUCUGCUUCUGGGUCCAGAGCUUCCUGACGGACAGACCACAGGUGGUGAGGAUAGAGAACCACACCUCCAGCCCACGCACCCUCAACAUCGGAGCCCCCCAAGGCUGCGUCCUGAGCCCUCUGCUCUACUCUCUCUACACCCAUGACUGCAGAGCCACUCACCCCUCCAACAUCAUCGUGAAAUUUGCAGACGACACGGUGGUGAAAAACAACCUGGACCUGAACGUCUCUAAGACCAAGGAGAUAGUUGUCGAUUUCAGGGGUGAGAAGCAGAGGAGCCAUCACACCCCCCUCAGGAUCUACGGGACCCCGGUGGAGAGAGUUAGCAGCUACAGGUACCUCGGUGUCCACAUCCCCGAGGACCUAACCUGGACCACACACAUCUCCACCCUGAGGAGAUACCUGGUGACUCAGGGUGUGACUGCGAAUGGUUCCUGGUCACAGAGGUUGCAGCGAGCUGAAAUUUUACUCAGAAGUACCUUUAAUCCCAGUCUGAAGUGGCUGUUCCAUGGUCGCAGUCAAGAGGAGGACAAUGACACGGAAGACGGAAACUCUGUAAUUGCACACAACCUCAUGUCCUGGUCCUCUGCACGUCUCCUGCGUCUGCAACAAGCUCUUCUGACUGUGGCACCGCAGUGGCAGAUGGUCAGCCAGACGCAGCCGGGCUCUCCACUGGUAUGUGUGAAAGGGCUGCCAGCAGAGAGUGAUGUUCUCCUCCACUCCUCCUGUUCCUUCCUACAGGGACACUACAGAACUCUGUGGAGACUCCUGGAGCAGCGAUCUCUGCUGCUCUUCAUACACGAGUACACGAGGAGGGCUCGUCUCACAGCAGCGUUCCUAUCCAGAGUGAGGCACCUGCUGGAGGAGCAGAUCCCAUCCACCUGGUCUUCAUUCAGGGUCAGUCUUGGGUCACUCAGUCAGGAGCUUCGGGUCCAUCUCAACCACUGGCCUUGUCUGUUGUCCAAAAUUUAUUCUGACCAUUAUCUGAAAUGUGCUUUGGUUCAGCACACCAGGAUGCUGCUGGAAAUCAAACAGACUAUGGACUUACUUGGUCUACAGAUACUGGUCUUGAUGGAACGUGUUAUUUAUGUCCUUCUGUCUGCCAUAGCCCAAACUGAACUUCAUUCUGUACCAAGAGAUGUUCUGGAGGAUAUUUUAGCUGGAACAGAUAUGUAUAAUCAGGCAGUGGAGGAACAUAGGAUGCAACACAGCUCCACCCAGCUGAGAACUGCAGUAUUACAUCAAGCAGAGCAUUCCAUACUGCACUCUAGUCUUCCAAACAGCAAGAAGCAUCACCCUGCUGCCUUCUCUGUCAAAGAACUGGCAAGGACUUUAGCAGUGCAUCAUGCAGAAAAGGCAGCAAAGCAGCUGUGCUGGGCCUCAGCUCAGAGCUGUCAGGUCUGUUUGCUCCACAACAACCAUGAGAGCCACUUUACACUGAGGUCUGAACAGACCCUGGAACAUCUGCAGCACACCAACCUGAUGUCAUCUCCUCACUUUUCUGUUGAUCAAAUCCUUUAUCUGAAGUCAUCAACGCACUGUGCCUGCCAUGAAACUCCCCUUUAUGUCCCUGAUCUUAAUCCGGACCACCAUCUUUUGUUAUCUGAGUUCCCUUCUGUCCAACAUAAAACAGCCUGCUCUAACAGAGACCAAACCAGCCAACGCCAAACCCACCUAACCCAGAUUGGUAGAGUCCAGACCAGCAUGGAAGGUUUAGACUUCAUUCAGCCAAAAGCAGGAAGAUGGGGGAGCUUAGAGAACAAAUCAAACACGACCAAUCAGCUGUCGGGCCUGCCUCUGUCUGCUGUGGGUCAAUCCUCAGUUGAGUUACUGUUUCAGCUACUGGUUUCCUCACACAUGUCUUCACCAGAGGCACCACCUGAACAACUGCUGCCAAACACAAGAACUGAUGAGUCAUCCCCAAAUAGAAAAACUGAGAUGAAAAGACUGAGUGCAGAACCAAACAAGGACCAAAACAUGGAGAGAAAUCCACUGGAAUGGACUGAAGUGGAAACUAGAACCAGGCUAGAAGUCAGUGUCAGCUCAGGUGGUGAAAUGUCUGUAGACCCAGAGAAAGCAGAGACUUUGCGAGUGGACACAACAACACAGGAGUCGGACAAUGUUCUCUGUCCGCACACGGUGCAGUGGUUGGACCAUGGUCAGUCACUGGUGUUUGCUGAUGUGAUUGGACAGUAUCGCACGAUGCUGUGGGCUCUGUGCUGCAAAGCCUUGUGGCUGCAGAUGCAUGCUCCACAAGCAGGAAACAUGGCAGGAAGCCUCAACCUCCAAGACAAGCACAGGAGUUUGCAGAUGCUGCAUCUGAUCAGCCGAACCUCAGAGACGGAUGUGAUUCCAAAGGAGAGCAGAGCCCUUCAGGAAGAUUUUAACCUGAAUCUCAUUGCCAGUACAACAUAUGCUCACUGGGACUAUGUGUUUUGCAGAGGUUUAGGGUCGUCUCUGAAAGAUAAGUGUCUCACAAAUGCAAAUCAAGUCAGGUGUUCUGAGACAUCGGAAUCUAAGCAGGAUGGAAGUGUGAUGAUGUCAGCAACCAUGACGCACUUCCUGCUGCUGCUACGCCUGCUGCUCUCCUCUCAGUGCUGCCAUUGUUCUGAUAGAGAGGUGUCAGGCUCUUUCACUCUCUUCCCUUCCAGCCUUAGUCUCCAGAGACAGGCUGUUAACCUGGCGUUGGCCACAGUGCAGUUGGCUACAGUCUGGGUCACGUACAAGGCUCAGCACUUCCUCUCCUCGUGGAGCCUCAACAAGUUUCUGCUCAUUAUACAGGGAGACCUCAAAGUCCUGAUCGAGUCAUCAGAGAUGCUACUGCAUCAGAUUAAGUCUGUUAUGACGAAUUCAGACAGUGACCAUCAAUCAGCUUUUCACAACCACAACCAUCUCCUGCUGAAGCAGCAACUCAAAGCACUUGACAGGGCCGUCUCUGAGCUGCAAACUUUCUCCUCUCUGGUGCUCAACACAUUUUCCAGUGACUGCAAGAGAAAGUCAGGGGAAAUCUUUGAACAGACCAUGCCAUCCUCUGCUCACUGGAGACCCAGCCACAGAAUAGGUUUCCCCAGCAGUCCCAGUGAGUAUGCAUCUCUGGCAGCACAGACUGUGAUUGGUCAGGUUUUAGAGGGCGUGGCACCAUUGCCCAAUGAUGCCCGUGUCCAAGCUCUGAGUAUAACGACGACGGCUUUCCUGGAAGCGUGGAUGGAACACAUCCUGAAACAGAGGAUCAGAUUCAAUGUGCAGGGUGCCCUCCAGCUGAAACAGGACUUUGACUCUAUCAGAGAGCUACUCCAGUCGGAGGAAUAUGGUCUGUCAGCUGAACUCCACCAGCAACUGCUCAGCCUACGUGUUUUUCAGCAGGUGGACUCUGCAAUGAUGUGUCUGCUCCAGCAGCCACAGGCUAAACCUUACCUGCAGUCCAGAACCUGGGAGCCUUUCACACGCUGCUGUCCAGCUCGCAGCAGCAGUGACAGCAUUAAUGCAGCAGUGGGAAGCAGUAUCACCAACUUGAGAUCUAUGGAGGGUGAAGAGCUCACUCAGUCUGAUCCCUCUGUUGGGACCACUGAGCUCAAUCCAGUGAACACAUCAGCCCCGGGGGAGCCCUACCUUGCACCAAGCCUUGCUCUCGGUGCUGCUCAGCAGGAGUGGUUGGACCUGAGGAUCCACAGCAAUGUCCGUCGUUGGAGGCUUCCGGGGCUGCAGUGUCUCUCCAAGUCUGAACCCUGAUAUCUGGUCACGUUCACUGGGCUUCAGUAUAUGUGUGUAUACUGUAUAUUUUUGUGUGUGUGUGUGUGUGUGUGUGUGUAUACAGUAUAUAAAUAUAUAGCAAACAUAUUUUUAUAUUUUUGUUUAAGAUACAUAGUUAUUUUAUCAUUUGAUUUAUAUUAUAAUUAAUGCUGUAAGCGGAAUUGAAAUAAAUAAUCUGGCUGGAAAAAUGCACAACUUUUUGAGAUCUGUUGGUGAAUUAAAUAGGAAGGUAGGCAGUAUAUGUUUCCCAUUAUUGAUCACUAAUUCCAUAUUAACCUUUCAGCGUAUUGAAAUCAAGUGAUUUGUGAGAGAAUGACAGUUAUACACAGUUCCUCUAGACUUUGUUUUCAACAUGGGAGAAUCUGGCACAUUUGGAGAUUUGGAUCAAUCACUGGGCAGAUCAGAGAGAAGGAGAGGACAUUCAUAAUGGCUGUUUGACUAAGCACCUUUACAGGCAUAGCCCUUCUGUGGAAAUGUUGCCAUAAUAUUAGCCAACUUCAGAAGGGGAAAUGGCCACCAUGUGAAUCUGUCCUCACCUUUUCCAGAUAAUGCACAGGACAGGAUUAAAAAUGCCCCUCUCGGCCAACAGAAACGACAACGGAAGUGCUCGUGUCUGUGGGAGUGCUUGUUUUCGUGCAGCUAUACAGACCAGCUGUUAUGAUGCUCAGGGACUACUUAAUUGUUACUUUAUUAAAAGACCUU